AUGGGCUUCUCCCAAGUUCAGGAAGGUGGUGCUAUGAUGUUCCAGGUGAAGACAGAGAUGAAUGGGGUUACCAUUGGACCUGGAAUCAAAGAAGAGGUAGACCCAAAGGAAGAUGAAAGGAAAAGGAGGAGAAGGGAAAGGAAUAAAAUUGUAACCACCAAGUGCUGGAACAAGAAUGAGGAGAAGACGGAGUGCCUGCAGAAAGAGUCAGAGAAGCUGCAGAGUGUAAGUGCCGAACUGAAGGCCCAAAUUGAGGAGCUCAAGAAUGAGAAGCAGCUUUUGAUACACAUGCUGAACCUUCACCGGCCCACGUGUAUCGUCUGGGCUCAGAACAGGCAGAGUCUAGAAGAUGAGAGAAACCUCUUUAUCCAGAUAAAAGAAGGGACAUUGUAGAGGUAAGCCUGGUUUGAGGGCAACUGGGGAGUCCUUAUUGAAUCCUCCUUUUAUACCCAAAACCCUGAAGCCACUGGAGAGC